CAAUGAGCGUGUGUCUGUGGACAAACGAAGUGCUGCUGUACAGAGACCAGUCUGUCCUCCUGACAUCACCGUACGACUCCUCCUUCACUCCACGCUCACAACAACCCGCCACUGGAUCUCCUCUGCCGUGUGCUUUCUGGACAAUACAGUAUGUCUUUUGUUUCCAGGCAAAGAAGUGAAGUACAGCAGCCACGUGUGUUGACUCAGAAUAAACAUCAACCACAGUCGCUUUCAUCCGCCGAGGGUUUUUAUCUGGUUGGAGUCCAAUAUCCACUGAAGUGAAGCAGGAAAUGGCAGAAAAGGAAUCUUGAUGGACCAGUCUGCCAGCUGCUCUGCAACAACCAACACCUUGUUCACCUGACCAACAUUUCCAGAAGCAUUUUCACACUAAUCUAAGCACUACGGCGUGAACAGAGAUGCUGCCAUCACCGCUGGAAAAUAAGCAAACGCUGACAAUGCUGGCCAUUUUAGAGCAGUGGGACCAGGCGUCUGGCUCCUACACAGACAACACUCACAACUAUUUUCUACUUUUGCUCUUUAAGUGUGCAAUGGACACAGCAGCCUUUUGCUUAUGCAGCUUAAAACAGCAUAAAUCCCUGCUGAGCAUGUGCAGCCUGUCCAUCACGGUGGCUGACUUGGUGAUGGUGUUCUUUAUGGCCACCGUGUGGUUUCUGAGGGCAGGAGGCUCUUCCGUGUCGCCCUGCUUCUUCUUGGCUCACGCUUCAGCGACAUUUACAGCCCUGCCACUGCCCAUGGUGAGCCUGGGUUUGCUGGACUACUGUUUAGAGGACACAUGCAUCAACCACCACAGAACCUUCUGCAAACGCCUCAGGGACGCUUCCUUGACGCUGCUGGUGUGGGCGCUCGCCAUCAUUUACUCCUUUCACACGGUCAGUGCCAAGCCGCUGAAGCUGUACGAGGAGGCGGGGAUGACGGCUCUGGCGUGUGAAGUGGGAGAGUCAUCGCUGAUAGACUAUUUCACCCUGUUGCUUUUCUGUGCACUACUUUUUGCCAUACUGCCAUUUUGGUCAAGGAUUCCCCGGUGGGUGAUCGAGGCUGACAGGUUAUACGACACAAGGACUGAACGCGAAAGCAACAAGAGCGACCUGAUGUUCACUUCAACCCCCGGCCUGGAGACAGAAAGCAGCGAGGAGAAUCAUCUGGAGGAGACCAUCGGGCAGCGACCGCCUCUGUGGUUCAGCCUCACGCUGGGCUUCAGUAUAUUUUGGAUGCCUUAUCUCGCCACGUGUGUCGCCUGCAUGCUCUGUGGCUUCGAAGUACCUGCCUACAUUUCUGUUAAUCUGCUGUGGUUGGAAUGCAUCAACAGUCUCCUGAUGGGAUUGGUGUUCUGGAUGAAGAGUAAGACACGAGGGCCGUACAGCCAUCUAUCUGAAAACGUGUGCUUGUGGAACAUUUACUGGCAUUUGAGCAAAGGAGUGCAGCAGAAGCAACUCCCUGUAGCUGUGUUUAAUCCAUCGAAAGCCAAGAGAAGCACUUACUUCUUUGUGUAGGAGACCAGACUGGAGGUGCUGAAUAUCAUGAAAACCGGGCAAACAAACACUGCAAUCUGUUCUUCUACAUCAGAGGUGUCAAACUCAUCUUAUUUCAGGUUCCACAUUCAGUCCAAUCUGAUCUCCAGUAAAAUCACAUCAUAAUAAACUAUAAAUAACCACAACUCCUAAUGUUUCCUCUGUUUUAGUGCAAAAAAAUGUUCACAUUUAAGGAAUGUGAACAACCUGAAAUUUCUGAAGAAAAAUAAAUUCAAUUUCAUCAACAUUCAGCCUCAGUUUAUCAUUUCCACAUUACAGCUUUCAGAUCACAGAGUGUCGACAAAGGAACACAACAUUUAGUCACCUGGACCUGAACCAGAGAGGAUUUUACUUUAUGAUAAAAACGACAAAAGUCAGACAAAAUAAAAUAUUACAAAAAUCAGAUGCAAAAUGACAAAAACGUAAAACAAAAUGAACAAAAAAUGAGACAAACUACACAAAACAAAAAAAGAGACAAAAUUAGACAAAAAAGUUACAAAGCGACAAAAAAUAUGGACAAAUGAUACAAACGAGACAAAAAAUGUCAAGCGAGAAACAACACAACAAAAAAGUAGACAACACAAGUGAGACAAAAAAGACAAAAACAAUACACAAAACAACAAAUAAAGCAAAACACAAAAUGACUAAAAUGAGACAAAAAAACACAUGCCAGACAAAAAGGAAACACAAAAUGAUUAAAGCAAGAAACAAAAGCACAAAAAAGACAAAAAACCCCGACAAAAACAACACAAAGUAUUCCAAAACGACACACAAGACGACAAAAACAGGAGAAAAAGACAAAAAAAUUAGGCAAACGGCAUGAAACUAAAUAAAAAACGAGACAAGAACUGACACAAAAAAGUUACAAAGCACCAAAAAAUGGACAAAUGACGAAAACAAGACAAGAAAGACAAAAACAAUACACAAAAGCAAAACACAAAAUGAUAAAAACAAGAAACAAAAGGACAAAAGUCAGACAAAAAAACAAGACAAAGUAUUACAAAAAUAAGACACAAGAUGACAAAAACAAAAAAGGACAAAACAUUUGAUAAACGACACGACACAAAGCAAGAAACAAAACAAAAAAUGAGACACAAAACAACAAAGGCAAGAAACAAAAUGACAAAAAAUGAGACAAACGUCAUGAAACAAAACAAAAAAAGAGACAAAAACUUAGACAAAAACGUUACAAAACGACAAAAAAUGGACAAAUGGCAAAAAGCACAACAUUUCUACAUUUUACAAAUCGUCUUGGACCCGGAUUGGACCCUCUGGUGGGCCACUUUUGGCCCGUGGGCCUCAUGUUUAACACCACUGAUGUAAAUGAUCAGGCGUCUAUGUAGUCUACCUGUGUGACUGCUGUUUAAAGUGAAUUUAAUUAAUCGUGCCUCUGAAGUUUCUAUUUUUUAUUGCCAUUUUACCUGAUUGUCUUUUUAUAUCCUCAAAGUGGCAUUUCAGAUGUUCCUUAAAUGAAAAGUGCAUUACAAAUAAAAUGUAUUUUUAUUAUUGAGUUCUGGCUGAUUGCUCUCGUACCUCCCCAGCAGUGCAUGGACUAAAUACUGCAGCUGUAACUGGACCUUUAAAUGCUAUUCUUUUAAGAGCUAACUGAGGUCAAUGAGCCAAACUUUUGUAAAUAAAGAAAAAUCACAAAAAAUGUAAUUUAUACAGAAUUGAAUUUUCUACACACUCUAAGAUAACGUUAGACAAUAAGUGAAAUUAGGGAUGUCCGAUAUCGUUGUUUGCCGAUAACAGAUAUGCCGAUAUUGUCCAACUCUCAGUUUCUGAUUCCGAUAUCAACCGAUACCGAUAUCUGUGGGCUAUUUAGCUAAUUUUAGUUAGCAUCACAGAUCUCCUGUGGUGGAAUUAACACAUCAUGCCUCAUUUUAGUGUGAUGCCAAAUUGGAUGCAUUCUCAGAAGGAAACAGUCUGUGUAAAACAAGAAAACUACUUCAACUUAAGUUAUGGAAAAAAUGCCAUAUUUAUGCCUUUUUGUUUUUUAAUUGUCUCAAACAACAGUUCACACUCUCCCUCCUUCUAUGAGUCAGUAAAUGACGGUAAUAUCCAGGCAUUAUUUUAUCAGUUUCCGUGAUAAGCAAAAAAAACCCCGAUAACGAUAAUGAUCGAUACUACAUUUUUAUGCCAAUAUUAUCAGACAUCCCUAAGUGAAAUGCUAUUUUACUAUCUGAUUUUGACUUUCUGUUGUAAACGGGGAUAGACUUUUUAUAAACUGGUCUUAAUAAAACAUCAUGAAAUACA